UGCGCCCACAGCGCCCUGCACCGCGCCGGCCUCAUCCAGGAUCCAUACUACAGAUUUAAUGAUGUGAUGUACAGAUGGAUCUCGCUGGAUAACUGGACUUACAGCAGGACAUUCAAAACUCCUUUUGAUGUCAGAAAGUGGCAAAAAGUGAAUUUGGUUUUUGAAGGAGUGGAUACAGUAGCAGAAAUACUGAUCAACAACAUCACUAUUGGCAGAACAGACAACAUGUUCAACAGAUACAGCUUUGAUAUUACCCGCAUUAUUAAGGAGGUCAAUUUUGUUGAAGUCCGUUUCUUAUCAGCCAUUUCAUACGCAGCAGAGCAGAGCAGGUGCCACAAGGGAUACAGCGUGCCCCCGGCGUGCCCUCCACCUGUGCAGAAAGGAGAGUGCCACGUUAAUUUCAUCAGAAAGGAGCAGUGUUCCUUUAGCUGGGACUGGGGCCCUUCUUUUCCCACUCAAGGAAUCUGGAAAGAUGUUAGGAUUGAGGCCUAUAACCAUUACCACUUGAUUUACUUCACUUUGACUCCCUUCUUUGAAAAGAGUGCUCAGCAGUGGAGUCUUCAGAUUGAGUCUAUAUUUGAUGUAGUCAGCUCCAAGCCGAUUUCAGGUCUUGUGACGGUGAGCAUCCCCAAGUUGCAAACGCAGCAAACAUUCAGUGUGAAGCUUCAGCCUGGAGAAGGCAGCAUUGUGCUGCUUGUAAAUAUCAACAAGAGUGCUACAGUAGAGACAUGGUGGCCAAAUGGACAUGGAAAACAAACUGGAUACAAUGUGACAACUGUUUUCACCAUGGAAGCAGGACACAAGAUUGAGAAAUUUUCCAAGGCCUAUUUUCGUACAGUAGAACUUGUUCAGGAGCCUAUUUCUGGGUCACCAGGUCUCAGUUUCUACUUCAGAAUCAAUGACCGACCCAUUUUCAUGAAGGGCUCAAACUGGAUACCAGCAGAUUCUUUCCAGGACAGAGUGACCUAUGACACAUAUUGGCUACUCUUGAAGUCUGCAGCAGAUGCUAACAUGAAUGCACUCCGGGUCUGGGGAGGAGGAGUUUAUGAGCAAGAUGAAUUUUAUGAUAUUUGUGAUGAGCUUGGAAUAAUGAUUUGGCAGGACUUUAUGUUUGCAUGUGCACUGUAUCCAACUGAUCAGAAUUACUUGGAAUCAGUGAGAGCAGAAGUUACUCAUCAGGUAAGGCGUUUGAAAUCCCAUCCGUCGAUUAUUUUGUGGAGUGGCAACAACGAAAAUGAAGCAGCAAUUGCAAGCAAUUGGUUCUCCAUACCUCAUGCUGACAGAGAAGUCUAUAUCAGAGAUUAUGUGAUGCUUUAUGUGAAGAAUAUCCAGGAAAUCGUUCUUGCUGAAGAUAAGAGCCGUCCUUUUGUUGUAUCCAGUCCCACAAAUGGUUUGGAGUCAGUUAAAGAAGGUUGGAUCUCCCAAAAUCCUUAUGAUACCCACUAUGGUGACACUCACUUCUAUGACUAUGACAAUGACUGCUGGGACUGGACACAUUAUCCUAAAACCCGUUUUGCUUCAGAAUAUGGAUUCCAGUCCUGGCCUUCCUUCAGUACACUGGAAAAGGUUUCCUCUGCAGAGGAUUGGUCCUAUACAAGCAAUUUUUCUCUCCAUCGACAGCACCAUAAAAAUGGCAAUGAUGAAAUGAUUCAACAGAUUGAGUAUCAUUUCAAGCUUCCCCAGAGCGCAGAUCCCGUUAAAAAAUUCAAAGAUCUGAUUUACCUCACGCAGGUGAUGCAGGCCCAGUGUGUAAAGGCAGAAACCGAGUUCUAUCGGUUCAGCCAGAGUGAGAUAGUCAAAGGAGAAGGACACACAAUGGGUGCGCUGUAUUGGCAGCUCAACGACAUCUGGCAGGCACCUUCAUGGGCUUCUUUGGAGUAUGGUGGUAAGUGGAAACUGCUCCAUUACUUUGCCCAGAACUUUUUUGCGCCCCUGCUGCCUGUGGCUUAUGAGGAUAGAGACGUGUUGUGCAUCUAUGGCAUCUCAGAUCUUCACACAGACCAUCAGCUGAUGCUCAGGGUCACUGUGCAUGCGUGGAGUUCCCUGGAGCCGGCGUGCACCCUCGUCAAGGACAACGUGACCGUGAAAGCGCAGAGCGCUCGUGCCAUCUACAAGGAGCCCGUAAGCGACCUGCUGCGGAGGUGCGGGAACUGCACCAGGGAAAGCUGUGUUGUCACCUUCCACCUCGUGGGCCAAGCAGGGCUCCGCAGUCCCACGAACCAUCACUUCCUGUCGUCACUAAAGGAUGCUGUAGGAUUGGAAAAGGCUCAGCUUAGUGCCAGUAUAUCCCAAAAAGACAGCAUUUAUAUAUUUGAUCUGCGGACCACUGCAGUUGCUCCUUUUGUUUUUCUGGAUGUGGGGAGUAUAAAAGGCAGGUUUAACGAGAACGGGUUUCUCAUGACCGAGAAGAGGAAAGUGGUCGUGUUCCACCCUUGGGAGCCCACCACUGUUGAACAACUAGAACAAGCUCUGAGCUUGAUCUCUCUGACAGACAUCGUCUGAGGACACUUCUGUGCCUUCUACACAAGGAGUGAAGUAGUCACAUUCUUCUGCAUUUUCCCUCCUCUUGAAAGUCUGUGUGAUGAAAGAGAUGAGCUGACUGGAGAAUGUAUUGCCCAUUCCUGUCAUGUGUGAAUUUUAACUGCUCUUUCAAUGUAAAGAUUUCAACAACAAAGCUUACCUGUGUUAUAUGCGAUGCACUGAAAGUAAAGCUUUCUUGGGUAACUGGAAAAAUAUAUCCCAGAUAUAAAUUGGGAGGAGUGGGUUGCUG